AUGAACCCUUGCCCAAUCUGCUUCAAUCAGAGGAAUCAUCUGCUUCACCGAUGUCGACUACUCCAGGUCGACGCCAACGCGAGCUCACCGUACGGCGCAGCUUGCAACCAACCGGUCUGCAUAUCCGAUGGAAUCCUACACCACAAGAGCAUCUGCCUCUUUGAAGAAGCGCCGGCGCAAAGCAUGACCGUCGCACCGAUGACGCCGAACUUAACACAACUGGCUCAAGAGUUCGAAAGAACUGGGCAAUGAUUUCGCGAAAAUUUUUUUAGGAAUGUUAAAUCCAAUAUAAUCUUGUGUGUGUGUGAAAAAUAAAAAAUAAAGACAAAAAUCAUGUUUCACUAAUCGUCCUUAGACUAGCCAACAACACUUGGCAAGAAUUUAAUUCAACUUUAAGAGCGACGACGCACUUCUCGCCGCCGCCCGGAAUAUCGCGGACGGAGUCCACGAGAGCAGGACAGCCGAGGCCUUCUGAUGCAACUGCGCGCCACCCACAACAAAGCCGAGCAGCCGCCGAACAACUGCUGGCCGAAACCACAUAA